CUAAAGAACCAAGAAGGCAGAGGGAAAGCAGAAGAAGGCGGUUUGCCUUUGUAGUCAGAGAGGAAUGCGGAAAUGUCCCUGCUCUGUGUCAAACUUCUCUGAAGAGGGUCAAGGCACAUUCAGCCAGCGUGGGAAAGGGAAAGGAAUCGGAGCUCACAGUCCUGCGUUGCAUAUUCUGGGAUAGAAAGAAACUUUGAGGGAGUUUGCAUGUUGAUGAGUUUAUGCUAGGCUCUGCGAUAUCUGAAACGAGUUUGCAUGUACGUUAUUUCGAGGAAAACGAUUACCCCCUUUUUAAAGUUAUUCUGCCCGUAUUGCGAUUGCCGUGUUGGUAAGCAUUGGCGACUGCUGCGGGAUGGGGGUUCCAGUGUGCACCGUCCCUCUACCUGUGUGGCCCUGGGUACGGACAGUGAGGUAUCUGUGAAGUAGCCUACUUGCAAACUUGUUUAGAAAGAAAGCGGCGCCUCGUUGCCGUUUAUAAAGGACGUGCACGCCGUUGCGGAAUCUGGGUCCUAAUUGUAUCGAUCAGGUAUUGCUUAUACUUGGCCAAACCUCUGAUGAUGUCUUUGUAAAACAUAUUUUGGACGUUGCCUGAAUUGGGACCCCAACAAAACAUUUAGCAACGUAUGAAAGGAACCUUUUAAAAUGGAGAAAGAAGGCUCAACUCAACAAUACGUGCCCGUCGCCGAGAUUGGCGAAGGUGCUUACGGGAAGGUGUACAAAGCACGAGAUUUGAAGAACGGUGGUCGCUUCGUUGCCCUUAAAAGAGUGCGGGUGCAGACUGAGGAAGAAGGGAUGCCCCUUUCAACUAUACGCGAGGUGGCAGUACUGAGGCAGCUGGAAUCUUUUGAGCACCCCAACGUUGUCAGGCUGUUUGAUGUGUGCACAGUGUCCAGGACUGACAGAGAGACCAAGCUGACCCUGGUCUUCGAGCACGUGGACCAAGACCUGACCACAUACUUAGAGAAAGCGCCUGAACCAGGAGUGCCUCCUGAAACCAUUAAGGACAUGAUGUACCAGCUACUGCAGGGUCUGGACUUCCUCCACUCUCACCGUGUGGUCCACCGUGACCUGAAGCCCCAGAACAUCCUGGUCACCAGCGGAGGGCAGAUCAAACUGGCCGACUUCGGCCUGGCGCGGAUAUACAGCUUCCAGAUGGCACUUACCUCAGUAGUUGUUACACUGUGGUACCGCGCUCCAGAAGUCCUUCUGCAGUCCAGCUAUGCCACGCCAGUUGACUUGUGGAGUGUGGGGUGCAUAUUUGCCGAGAUGUUCCGGAGAAGGCCUCUGUUUCGCGGAAAUUCUGAUGUUGAUCAGCUGGGCAAGAUUUUUGAUGUGGUAGGGGUCCCCAGCGUGGACGACUGGCCCCAGGAGGUGGCUCUCCCACGGAGCGCCUUCGCCCCCAGGCCCCCCCAGCCCAUUGGAGACCUGGUUCCGGAUAUCGACGAGCUGGGAGCUUCACUUCUGCUUCAAUUCCUGUCUUUCAAUCCUGCCAAGAGGAUAUCGGCCUAUGCUGCCCUGUCCCACCCAUACUUUGAGAACAUGGAGAGUAGCAAUAAGAACUCCCAGGAGCUCGCUAACAGCCAGUCACCCGUUGAAGAGAGAGGAGCCAGCUGAAUACCUUGAAGGAGAUCGCAGUCUUCCGCUUUUUCUGAAAGGGAUGAGCGAGGGAAGUCUUCCACACCGAUGAAUGCUGCUUUGAGAAUACCUUACUCCAGCUAUAAAAGCAAUUCAUUUUUUUAUUUUUUUAUUUUUUUGGCCCUCAGAUGCUUUUAUAUAAGAAUCAAUGCAACGAACAGCGAGGCUUACAUGUGCUGCCUGGUUAUACUCUGGAUGUCCAGACGCUGCUUUUCCGCUGCCUUUUUGAAGAAAAUGCUAAGCAAAAGCCAAUCCUAACACACACACACACACACACACACACACCUCUUACUGCCAGUGAUCUCUCUUUAGGGAUUUAACUUGUACAGCUGCUUUGAAAAGCCCUCUUCUCCACCCACGCAUACACACAUAAACGCCAGGGUGCCUUUCACCUGUACAGCUUGCUGCAGUAAACCUCCUUUACCGUACAUGUACAAACAAAAUUACACACACAUACACACACACACAGACUUAUGCACAAACCUACCCCUUUCGCUGUCAAAGCUCCUCUGUAUGGCCUCUCUGAUGACACACACACACACACACACACACACAUACACGUGCGCACACACACACAUACACACCCUCCCUCACAUUCCAUCUCUGGGAACGUCUCUGAUAUCAGCCCCACACACCUUGCCUCCCUCCCAGGACGUGUUGCGGAUGUGAAUUGAUGAAAACUGGCAUCUCUGCCACCUGGUGGCCGGCAAGCUUCAUCGCAAGCCCGAGCACCUCACAACCUGGACAUUCUCCUCAUGUCAAUUCAAAUAUACCCAACCGUCAUUCAGAGCAUCCAACAGCUGACUGUCUUAAACCUUUUCUACAAAGAGUGCUGCAUAAUAUUUACUGUUCCUCUUGGGGACAGCAUUUUAUUUUAUUAAUAAUGCUGAGGUUGGGGCAAUGUCUAUCCAUUUUCAAAACCAGACUGUCCUCUUUGGAAAUAUGUUAAUACACUGGGCGUAGAUCUUGGAACAUAUGAACUGAAGUAGAAUUAUUCAUACACAUUUAAGUAAAAUAAUAAUAUUAAAAAUAAUUAUUUAGGUAUUUUAGAUAUUUUCUUCUUUUUUGUGGAUCGUAAUGUCUUUUUUUUUGUGUGAUUUUGUCUUAAUACAUCUGAUCUAAUGGUAGAGCAAGACGCUCUGCUACCACAUCUCUGUAGGUUGUUAGAAACCUCUCCAGCUUCAUAAGGAAUAGUCAGCUCGUCACUGUUGCAAACAAUCUGUGACAGAAAAGGUUUCAUGCAGGCAUAUGGGGUUCGGAAUGAAUUUGUAUGAACGUACAGUAAGUGAUUGGUAACAGUGUUAGUGGUAGUGUGUUUUACAUGUGUAAAGUGAAAAGCAUAGGUAUAGCACUAGCAUUGGUAGUGUUAGUACAAGGAAGUGAAUUGGUGUGGUUUGAUAAUGAAGCAUUUGCAUGGGUGGACAGCUCAGUGGAGCUUUGUUCAGAAGUGUGUCCCUAUUUAUCAUCCACAUAUCAAUGGGUUGGAUAUUUUGAAACAGCACUAAAACUCAUGAGACAGUUGGACCUAAAUGAAUCAGACCAAAUCAUUUUUAGGAACUAGUGUAGUGUAGAAUAAACCUGAACAUAGUCUAGUAUUUACCUCCAAAAACCUACCAUUUAUAUUUUUGAAAAUUACAAAGAAGAAUGCACAUCAUUCCUUAAUUAGUAUUCAGUAAUAUAAUAUACAGUGGUCUCAUUACCAGUAGUCCAGAUUGCAUUUGUCUACAUUUCAUUUAAUUUUCAUUCAUUUUGCUGUAAGUGUUUGAUCUUAAUGGUAAGGGAGAGUACUAAUUUUCUAGAACCAUCUAGAUGUUGACAAGAAAGGACCCAAUAAUAACGGUAAUAAUGAACGACAGUCUAUGACAGGCCAACCGGAAGCUCAGAAGGAAGAAUAGCUCAUGAUUGGAUGUGGUCCUCCCUGACCAUGACCAUAAUCCAAAGGCGAUGACACAUUACGACAUUCGCUAGUGGAUGAGGUUGGCACUGACCGGGCAAGGAGGCUGAUGAAAAAGUGAGCAAAGGGUGGGUCAAGAAAGCAAAGGGGAAAGCCAGUAGAGAUGAAACAGUUCACAUAAACCGAAACCGCUCUGUAUUCUAUUCUCAGGAUUAGUUUAGGAAACAGAAGACAACAGAUAACAGAAGACUCACUAUGACAGAUUUUGCACAUUCAGUUUAGUGAAGGACGUUCAGUGCCACCUUUCAGGUUUCUCUCAUAAGGAUGCAAUUACUGGUGAUACUGUGCUAAGCUUGUCAAGUUCUUGGCAAAUUUAAUGCAUAUCUUAUUUUCACAUACAAUGGAUGCAGUGGUUAAUAUUUCACUUUAACAGGAAAAUAAUGCAAAACUGUAGUUUUUUUUUUUUAAUUUUAACAAGUGCUUCGCAAGUUUGUAAAUAGAUUCAGUAAGAGAGGACAUAUCAACGUAAUUCUACUAAAAACUACAAAUUCUAUGCCUGUCAUACUAAUCAUUUUUUUGAUAUUAUGGCACUCGGACAGUGUGACACAUUCCAUAAUGAUGCACAAACCUUUUUUAAUAAUGUAGUCUUUGAUAAUAAGUCUUUGAUUAUGGCUUCUCAAGCAACUCAGCUCUUUAGAUACUGAAGACUGCUCUGCUCAGCUUUCUUCAACUAAAGCAACAAUAACAAAACAUGUUUUGUCUAGAUGAUUUAUUCCUACAUUGUAGGUAUUUAAUUUAUUACAGCAGCAGAUGCUAAACAAUUCUGAAAAUAACUAAGCUUGUGUAAACUGUGUUAUUUCAGUGUUGAUCAGUGAUUAACAACAAUUUCAUAUGUGUGCUGUUAAAUAUCUCAAGCAACACAAAGUAAUAACUGAAUGUUUUUUAUUCUGGUUGGUUUUAUGAUGCUUGUGGGUAAUUCACAUAGCACAAAAUACAGUCAGAUAUGAAGAUCCAAAUUUGCAUGACCGUAUAUUUAUGUUUCAUACGUAUUCACAUCAUAUUUAGAUGUUGGGUGAUACUUUUUCCCUUGCUGUUUAUGAAAUGGUAGGGAACAGGUGUUGCACAACAGAAAAUGGUUGCAUGGAAACCUGGGUUGUGCUUUUGCUGGAUUUCAACACGGUUUUCUCAACCGCAUGUUGUGGUCAGCCUACGAUAGUACAUUUUCCCCCUUUGUCUGUUGUGUAUGCAGGAAAUUGAUAAUGGAGAUGGAAAGAAUGACUUCGGAUGAAUAUGCUGCACAUGACUUUUAAUAUUAUACUUUAAUUCUCUACAGCUCACUCUAUGUUCAGAGUCAUUGUAGGAGUUAAUCUUAUUUGAUAAUACGUGGCAGAAAAUAUUUAUUUACAUGUGUAAUCAAAUAUUUAGUGUAUAUAAAGGGUAGGAUGAACAAACAUUUGCCUUUAUGAAUCAUUUGAUCUGUAACAUAAUUUUUGGUUUCUGUGAAUGAUCACCACAUCACCAAUAGCAAAGUAAUGUGGUAAAACAAUGCCACUGAACAAGUUGUGGAUGUGUGCUAUCUGGAAGGUUUUUACACCUCUCUUCAGCUCACUAGCUGAAUUCUAUUUAAAUUAAUUUUAUUAAGGCAUGAUUAGAUGCUUUCUAACAGUUUCGCUCUCCAUAUUCCCUUUCAUUUUAUCUCGUAAAAUACGUUAAAGUGUUUGGAAUUGCCCAUAUAGUGAACUUCUUGUUCACUUCUGUUAUAUAAUAUACACAACUGUAGUCUUGUAGAUUUUGAUAGUUAAGAGGACAGCACUGAGAUAUUCUAAGGUCUCUGAAAAUGUUUGUUUCCGGACACAUUGUUAAUUUCUGUCUAGUUUGCUGUUAUUUAGCUAAGGGACAUUAAGUUGUACAUGCGUUUUCAGAAGUGGUGUAAAAAAAAAUGUCAUUAAGCAUUUUUACAUACAGACAACAGACCUUCAAAAAUACAUUUUUUACAGUUUUCUUUUGUAUCAGUGCCACAUAUCAUUAAUGUUAUUUUGGAAGGGGAAUUAUUCAUAUAAUUUAAACCAUUAAUGUAAAGACAAAUUGCUGUGUGGUUGAACUGAAUUCAGGAAUUGAUAAAUUGCAGUUUUAAAAUAUUGUUUGACUUGAUUUUGUUUGGAGGAUACUGGCACUUUGCGUUAGUUUAGUGUUUAUCCACAAACAAAAACUCCUGAGAGCCCACAAUUUCAGUCCCUUGCAUAAUCUUGUUUCCGUGACAUUAUUGUUUUUGAGUUAUUUAUUGAUUUGAGGGGAUUUUAAAAAAACAUUUAUAUUUCUUAUUUAAAAUUUUGUCACAAAGGAGGCAUUUGCAGGUUGUAUGUUGUGAAGCGUAAGUGAGUUCACAGGUCCAAUGAUUUUGUGAUGAUCCUGAUUUCAUUGCUUGUAGGAUCAUUUCAAUUGAGGCUAAAUCAUUUGUGAUCAUGAAUUGAUUUUAGCACUCGACGUCCCUCUGUAAUUAGAAAAUGGUUGAUAUUUAUUUUAAAGUAAAUCUUGUUGAAAAUCCAUUACAAGCUAAAAGGCUCUGGUUCCUCCGAUAAUGAACUGAUGUACUGUUCUCUGUGUGAAACUGUCUCUGGGAGGGACUCUGGAAUCAGAACAGCGUCUUCUCCAGUGGGAUAGAAUGGCAUAGAUCUGGUGCUAGCACACGUUUUGCUGUACCCUUUCCAUUUAAACUUGAAUGUAAUCCCAAAACCUUUUAGCCCACACAUGGUGCUGUAAUGUGGCUUGAAUCUUUCAUUAAAUGGCAGUCAUACAGAUUCUUUGAAAGACCGUGGUAAUUGUUCUGAAAACCAUGAAAAAGCUGGACCAUGCGAAAUAAUGUAUCAUUUAAAGUAAGGUCAGAAUUUGUUCAAAUGUACUCAAAUUCAUAUAAUCAUGCCUCAGCAAUGGUAAAGCCGGUCUUGGCUAACUUAAUUAUCUUGUAUUACAUCAAAUUUAGGCUCACAUGUCGGCAACUAGGAAGAUGACCAAUAAUUUGGUGGCUUCACUUCUGAGGUGUUUCUGAGAUGGCGACUGGUCCCUAUCUUGCACCAAAUUAGGCUUUCGGCCAGUAUGUCUGUUCAAAUGUGUGAUAUAUGGCUGAUCUACUUCUGGGGUUUAGUCAUCUACCCCAACAAUGUUACAAUGAUGUCAUUUCUCAGUUUUUUCCUCAGAUAUACUGGGAAUCUUACUGCAUUUGAUCAGAUUUUCAAUUUCACUGGAAAACCUCUUUCUUAGUACAUUGUAUUAUUAUAUUUCAUUUAUGUUGAAUAAAUGUUAUAAAAUAUAUAUUUGCAUUGCUGUUAAAAGCAUGAUUUUAUUUGAAAGCAGUGGUAUAUUGUUUAUGUAUUAGCAUUGUGCUUGAAAUAGGCAAGAGACAAAAAUAUUAGGUUUUUGUUUUAUUUCUUGCAGGCAGGCAAAAGAGUGAAAUUGGUGCUGUGAGGGCAUGCUUUUAAUAUGUCCAUGCUUUUUAAAGUAUCACGCAUUGUUUUAAAUCUGAAUCGGUGAUAUCUGAUUAGUCAUUUUUAAUGUUAAUACUGUAUCUAUUUCAUGCCUUGAGCAUAUUUUGCAGUAUUGUUCAGUAGUUGCAUAUUUGUGUAGUUCAGUUCAGUAAUGAAAUACAGUACACCAAAUUUAUAGCUGAUGAUAUGCUUAAACAAUUAUCUACUUGUGUUUAACUAUUUCUUGUCUGUUGCUUUUUUUUCCAAGUUAUGUACUAGUAAGUUGGAAAUGUACAUUUUGCUUUUGGUAUUUUAUCAAAGCAAGAAACAGGGGUGCUUUUAUAAAGUAGUACCUUGUGUGGAUGUGCUUAUACUUGUAAUAGGAUUUAGAAAUUCAGUUUAACAAUUGUGAUGUAUUUCAGACAUAAUACAGCUUUUUAAGUGUCCAAAUGAAAAUGUGCAGAGAACAGUCAAAACAGUAAUUGCCAAGUAAAGUAUCACAUUACUUUGUGUAACAAUAGCCAUGUACACUUAGUACUGUACCAUGUGUGCUGGUUUAGUGUGCUCAUUUAGUUUUAAGGAUGUGUAUCUUAGUGCAAACCAAUUUCAGCCUAACCUAAUUAUGUAGAUGGAAUAACAUUUUAUUAUUAGAAAUAUGUGUUCAUCUUUGCAAUUCUUAUUUAUACCACGUAACCUGGAAUUGGAAACAAUUCAUUGGUUGACAUCACAUGUAUUUUUGUCAGAAUUGUUGAUAAGAAUGUUGUUUUUUUUGUUGCCAGGGAACCAAAUGAUUGAUUAUUGAUAAGAAUGUUGAAUGACCAUGUAGAAUUUAUCAUUGAGAAUGAAAGACCAUGUAUAAUUUACCAUUUAAAUAGGGCAACAGUGCUGAUAUUGGAUUUUUAAAAAAUGUUAUUUCCUUUUCAGGGUAGGUGGGUGGGUGGGUGUGGGGGAGGGACACAUUUUUGUGGGAUUUUCUUUAAAAGGGUUUUGCUGCUAAUUCUGUAUCAUGCUCUGGCCCAGUCCUUGUAAAGAUAUAGCCAAUCAGACAAGACGAGACAAGAGAGGCGAAAGUGCUGCCCAUGAAAAAAGCUGCUUAAGUUUAUGCUUGUGUUUUGUAGCUUCAACUGCUGGACAUUUUUAUUUUUGUAAAAUAAAUAUUUCAGUGUGUGAAAAGCCUUGA